AGAUGCAGCAAUGCAACAAUUUGAACAAAUGUCAGUUCCAUUAAAAGUGAAACAGCGUCCACAGUCAUUAUAAUUGACAUUAUUAUCUCUCUCCUCCUCGCAUUUCAUUCUAAACCCCUCCCUUAAUCUCCCUGGAUUUGCAUCUCACCAGAGUCUGUUAAUGAUCAGCCACAGCGACUGCACUACUGGGGUUGGUAAAACCACACCUUUCCACAGAGAGAACAAAUACAGAGAGAGAGAGAGAGAGAGAGUUCUGAACAUCUCCCAGCCCUUCACAAUCUAAACCCUUUGCUUGAUUCUCACCUGCACUCAGGAAAGACGUCGUGAAACAAGAUGGGCUGCUUUGGUUUCCUAAAAACGAUGAUGUUCGUAUUUAACGGCGUCAUAUUUCUCGCUGGAGCUGGAGUUCUCGGAGUGGGGAUCUGGGUGAAAGUGGACGGAGCCUCGUUUACUAAACUCCUGGACACGGUCAGUCCGGACCUGAGCCAGGUGGUGAAUGUGGGCUACCUGUGCAUUGCCGUGGGGCUCGUGCUUCUCGUCAUGGGCUUCCUGGGCUGCUGUGGGGCCAUAAAGGAGAGCAAGUGCAUGCUGCUGCUGUUCUUCAUCAUUGUGCUGUUGAUCCUCGUGGCACAGGUUGCUGGAGCUGUGGUGGUUCUUGUCUUCUCCUCUCUGGCUGAUGUAAUUGUCGCUCAGAUUGGAAAUGUUGCGAAAGACAGUCUGGAAAAGGACUUCGGGAAGCAAGCGGACAUUACGACCGUGUGGAACACGACCAUGGAGCAGCUGGAGUGCUGUGGAUUCAAUAACUACACAGACUUCGACAACUCUCCCUUUAAGAACUACACCAAACACUACCCCUCGCAGUGCUGCAAGAAGACAGAGCCCUGUACCGAGGCUGAGGCAAAGACAUCGCAAAUCGCCGGGUGUUAUAAUGCGAUCCUGAAUUUCUUGAAGGACAACUCAAAGAUCCUGGGAGCGGUAACCUUGGGGAUAGGUGGUCUGGAGAUUGCUGCAAUGGUGGUGUCCAUGGUGCUGUACUGUCAGAUUGAUUCAAAGUAGCCCAGGGAAAACUGGAUCAGCACAACCUAACAAGACGACAACCACGAACCUCCCACGGACACCCCAGAGAAGCACAGACCCCAAAACCCCUUAGAAAAGCGUCCCAAUAUAGUCAACCAUUUAUGUAUCCCUUUUUGUCUUUGAAACCCACAGCCAACUGUCUUUGCAGUUUUUAAUCACAGGCAGCUGCAUGCUGUAUUAUUAUUAGCUGUUUGAUUUGUAUUAGCUGGAUUAUGAGGUGCCAAACAUACAGCGAUUAGCUUUGCCUGCGCAGCUGCAUGCUCUGUGUGGAGGCAUUAUGAACAAUCCAAUGGCUAGCUUCAAAUCACAUGCAUGGUUUUACCGUUCUGUACACUUGGUGAGGCUUGCAUCCGAGGGGGUUAGUUUUGAGCUGCUCUGCAGAUCCAAUCGCCAGCCGUGCCCCCCCUGUAACGCAGGUUAGGUCAGCCCUCCUAGAGCCGUCUAGUGCACAGCGAAACCAAAGGAAGUCCCAAGUGGCAGACCACUAGAUGACGCUGGAUCUUCUUUCAGAGACUGAUCUAGCCUUGUCUUUAUAAGUCUAUGGCAGUGCAGUUAGAACUGAAGAGCAGCUCCUGAACUCUCAGUCCAAGCAGCUGAACAGCAUAGCGAGUAACGAUUAGAAAGCAAAUUCAGUGCCAGUUAAACACGCACAGAUAUCAACAUAGGAUACAAAGAUACGCGCUCUUUCAAGGUAAUAUAGACCCCUAACAAGGUAACGUUAUUGUAACACAUGCCAAAGCUUAUGGGAUCGUUCCAGUACAGUCCAUACAAUGUGUAUAUAUCUAUAUAUCAAAUACACAUCCUAUUGCAGUCUCCUCGUGUUGUCUUAUAACGCUGAAAUAAGGUAGAGGAAUUGAUUCGCUUCAGCACACACUCAACCAACGCGCUUGUGUUUAUUAUUAUUAUUAAUAAUAAUAAUAAUAAUAAUAAUAAUAAUAAUAAUAAUAAUAAUAAUGUAAUUGCAAAAAUAAGUCUUUAUUAAGUACAUCAUAACAGUAAACGAUCAUUUCGACCCUUCGGUCUCAGUCACAUCAGCUGAUAAUAGGUUCACUUCUCGUCCCCAUUUCUAACGAGCAAAACAUGUCAACGCUGAACUGAAUCAACAUUCAGCUUAGCAGUUAACAUUAGAUAACACUAGCACUUAAAAUCGUUAACUCGUGUUUCAAAAAGAAAUCUGCAAUGAGAUUACACAUGAAAAUAAAGUUAGAAUCAGAAUUUCAAAUAAACUAUACACACACACACACACACACACAAGUUGAUAUGUAUAAUAAAUGACAGGUUUUCAUAUUGAACGAAACCUGUCAUUUUGGAAGCCUUGUGCAUUUUAUAACAACGAUGUAUUAAAAAAUUAUAAUAUAUAUAUAUUUGUGUCUCGAUGUAGGCUUAUAAAAUCAAAUCCACUUUGUGAAAAUUAAAAAGGUUUUGUUUAUUGAAUUGUUGAAAUAAAGUAAAUUAUUGUUGUA